AUGGAACAAAAAUCAAAUACCCAAAAGCCUUCAUCUCUUGAAGAAUUAACAAAACCUUAUCAAAGACUUAAAUAUGCUUGUAAUUGUUCUAUUCAUGCUAAUGAAGAAUUAAGAUGGAGUUCAAACAAAGAAAGAAAAAAUCAAUUGGCUAGAAUUGAAGCAAGAAAAUAUGACAGAAAGGGAAAUGAAAAUACGUUAUCAAAUAAGAGUAAUAAGAAAAGAAAAAGAAGUUCCCAACGAUUAUCUCCGGUUAAAGAUAACACAAAUAUUCCAAAAUUGAACAGGGACAUAUCUGUAAGUGAUAUACUUACAGGAUUGGGUCUUAGAGAGGGAGUUGCAUCGUCAUCCCAACCAAGAAAUGAUCAAUUUCGUGAACCCCAUAUAGAAGAGAUGCCCGAUAUGUAUGAUGAACUUUUGUUUAAUAUAUUUGAUAUAGAGGAUAAUGAAAAUAAUGAAUUAAUUGAUGACUUAGAAGAAUAUCGUAAUGAUGAUAAUGAAUUAAUUGAUGACCUAGAAGAAUAUCGUGAUGAUAAUAAUGAAUUGAUUGAUGACAGAGAAGAUAAUGAAGUAGAAUCAGAAGAUGAGUAUCUUGAAGAUGAUAAUAACUUGUUUGCUGCACCUGAGCUGGAAGAAGAGAACGAAAACUAUGAAGGAAUAGAAUUAGAAGAUAAAUUAGAUGUAGAGAUACUUUUGUGGUUAUUUAAGUUUCAACAAAGUUAUCGGAUACUUGAUACGGCCUUGGAGGCCUUAAUUAAGUUUUUAAACUAUACCUUUAAUAUGAUCAAUAAUUCUAA